ACUCCGUUCCCUGUAACUUCGACUCCAGUGUGCCGCGCAGUGUGCGCAAAUUCUUUAACCCGCCCGCAGCUCUUCCUAAUUUCGGAAUCCCGAGACUUGAGACCUGGCAGGAAGACCUUCCGCACCUUGAAAUGAAGAUGACAGCCCACAGAGAGCUAACUUCUGUUUGCAUGGAACUCAGCAUUCUCCUGCAAAUCGUGCCUCGCAAGGUCAGAGGAUGGCAGGUGAACAGAAGCCCUCAAGUAACCUCCUGGAACAGUUUAUCCUUCUGGCCAAAGGCACCAGUGGCUCAGCCCUCACCGCUCUCAUAAGCCAGGUCCUGGAGGCGCCUGGAGUAUAUGUCUUUGGAGAACUGCUGGAGUUGGUCAACGUACAGGAGCUCGCAGAAGGAGCGAAUGCUGCCUAUUUGCAGCUGCUGAACCUGUUUGCCUAUGGAACGUACCCAGAUUACAUAGCCAACAAGGAGAGCCUGCCCAAGCUGAGCACCGCCCAGCAGAACAAACUGAAGCACCUCACCAUCGUGAGCCUGGCCUCCAGGAUGAAGUGCAUCCCCUACUCGGUGCUGUUGGAGGCCCUGGAGAUGCGCAGCCUGCGGGAGCUGGAGGACCUCAUCAUCGAGGCCGUCUACGCAGACGUCCUUCAGGGCAAGCUGGACCAGCGCAACCAGCUGCUGGAAGUGGACGUCUGCAUUGGCCGGGACAUCCGCAAGAAGGACAUCAGCAACAUCAUCAAGACCCUGCGCGAGUGGUGUGACGGCUGUGAAGCAGUGCUUUUAGGCAUCGAGCAACAAGUCCUGAGAGCCAACCAGUACAAAGAGAACCACACCCGAACUCAGCAGCAGGUGGAGACGGAGAAUGGCUGGUGGCUUCCAACUGCUGACCCCUCACGGUUCACAACCCAGUGCCUAAACCUCAGCUCCACUGGGGCGCCUUAGCAUUUUCCAGAGAGGUCCUUUCUGCGUGCAUGCUUCCAUUGCCUUCUUUGCUGCGCUGGCCUCCCUGUGUGGAUGGAAUGUUGCUUUUCACCAUCACGAACACGUGCUGCCAUCUCCCUCUCUCACGCUCCCAACCCGGGUGACCACAGAGAAUGCUGCUUUCUGGGGGUUGGCCUCUUCUGGACUUCCUACCAUGGUGGUCUCAUACGGUGAGUGCCCUUUAGAGGUUGGCUCACUUCACAGCAGAAGCUCCUCUGGGCUGCUCCAUGGCAGCGGUGUUCUGCGGGCUUGGCAGCAGGUGCUUGCUUGUAUGUGUGAGCCAGUGCAGUCCUCUGUUAUGGCCACUGAGUGUUGUUUCUGGUGGCAGUCACUGGGUUUGCACCUGUCCGUCGUUUGUGUGUGUCACAGUUCUCUUUUCUCUGGCAUCCGGACCUGGGACUGGGGCUGCAGGGUGACAUUGUAUUUCUAUUUCUAGCUUUCAGAGGAGCGCCCUAGCAUUUUCCCAGGAGCAGUGUGGGAGUCCCAGUGUCCCCAGCUUUUGUUGGUCUCUGGUUUUGAUCCAGUGGCACUACUGCGAGGUUGAGGUGGCACUCACUGGUUUUCUGUGUACCUCUGUGUGGUGCCUACUGAAGGGACCCAGGACUUCUCCAGUAGGGAUUCCCAAUCUCGGAGCCAGGGUAGACUUGGUGGCGCUGGGUGUUCAGGGAAGACUGGAGCGGCUUUUCCUGUGCUUGUUGGCUCACUUUGGGCAAGUGGCUGUUCAUGUCUCUUGCCCAUUUUUAAAUUGGAUGGUUGGUUUUGUUGUUCUUUAACAGUAGGCGUUUUCUACACAUGUUAGCAAUUAGACCUUUUGUCGUUAUAUGUCAUUGCUAAAACCCUGUCAGACACUUGGCUGGCCCUAUAGCAAACACUUGAGUAGCCGGGGAAUGAGGGUGCUACAGAAUUGUGCCGUGAGGUGUGACAGGGACAGAGGAUGAAGCGGCCCUGCUGUGGCUGCACAGGCUCGUCCCCGUGGAUCCUGAUGUGGGAGGACA